GUGACGUCAGCAGGACGUAAAUGCACAGCCUCGCGGCAGCAUCGCUCUUUUUCUUCCACCGUUCUGUUCGGUCGGCAGGCCUGUACUCUGUCUGUGAGAGAUUUAACACCGAAGCAGAAAAAUGAUCAUCUACAAGUGCGUCAUCAGCGGUGAUGAGAUGUUCUCGGACACAUUCAAAGUGAAAGUAUCUGACAACGAAAUCUUCUUUGAAGUUGAAGGAAAGACUGUCACCAGGAGAGACGACAUCGAUGAGUCCUUGCUUGGAGCCAACCCCUCUGCUGAGGGAGUGCCCGAGGGCACGGACGAGUCCUCCGUCUCCGGUGUAGACAUUGUCCUCAACCACAAACUGGUGGAGACAUCCUUCGACAAGAAGUCGUACUUGCCCUACAUGAAAGACUACAUGAAGGCCAUUAAGGCCCACCUGGCCAAGACCAAUCCAGAGAGAGUGGAAAAGUUCAUGGCUGAUGCCCCAGCAGCAGUUAAGACGAUCAUCGCAGACAUCAAGAACUUGCAGUUUUUCACAGGAGAGAGCAUGAACCCAGAAGGCAUGGUGGGGCUGCUGAACUACCGUGAAGACGGCGUCACGCCAUACAUGCUUUUCUUCAAAGAUGGUCUGCUGGUUGAGAAAUGUUAACUACCUGGAACAACAUCUGCUUUAUAAUUGGCUGCUGCUUCCCAAAUGGCCCCAAGAGCAGACUGAAGGAGCACUAUUUUGCAUCAUGCCUGACCAGAAACAUUCUUGUACAAUUUCUUAAAUAUAUAUAUAUUCACAUUAUGGCCAAACCACCACCCCAAGGCUGACAGAAUCAAACAUGAUUGGCCACUGAAUACAGUUUUUAACUUUUUCUUUUUGGCUUUUGCAGUGUUUGAUUUUUGUCCCAGGACUGGCCCAGUUUUUGGGAUUUAAAAAUAAAACGCAGGACAGUGAGUGAAGCUCUGACUCUGAAUGAAGGAUGUUUUUUCUUCUGUCUGCGUACAGUUUUAGCAGUGAUCCAUAUGCAUUGACCUCCUCAGACCUCUUUGUGUUUAUGGUUACAUAAGAUUUCAUCUAUAACAAAGACUUCUGGUUUGAUUUGAAAAUAAACUCUAGUACCACCA